AUGUCUUCGGAUCCGGCAAAUACGAACUCAAAAGGCGGUGCAGCUCCGCAAACUGCAUCCGGAUCAACAGCUCCAGUUUCGGUGCAGGAGUUCGUGAUACGAGUGCCGAAGAAUCUUAAGAAAAAGUAUCAUGUAAUGCGGUUUAACGCCACGUUAAACGUUGACUUCACUCAAUGGCGCACGGUUAAGAUGGAACGGGAAAACAAUCAAAAAGAGUUCAAGGGAAUGGAGGAGGUGAUGCCCAAGUUUGGUGCGGGCUCUGAGUUCAACCGUGAUCUCCGUGAGGAAGCACGCCGUAAGCGAUUCGGUAUUAUCUCGAAAAAAUACAAACCGGAAGCACAGCCGUGGAUACUGAGAGCUGGUGGUAAGAGCGGAAAAAUGUUUCGAGGUAUUCGCGAAGGUGGCGUUGGUGAAAAUGCCGCAUUUUAUGUGUUUACACACGCGCCGGAUGGUGCUAUUGAGGCUUACCCGUUAAACGAAUGGUACAAUUUUCAACCUAUUAAUCGCUAUAAGGCUCUGUCUGCAGAGGAAGCUGAACAGGAGUACGGCCGGCGGAAGAAAACGAUGAACUAUUUUUCGCUGAUGUUUCGCAAGCGUCUAAAGAAGGGAGAAGAUAACGACGGUGAAGAGCAGGAGGAAACGAAAGGCAAGAAGGGCGAGGGAGGCAAGAGCAAGGAUUUGAAAAUCAGCGAUAUGGAUGAAUGGAUCGAUUCUGACGAAAUGUCCUCUUCCGGUGACGAUGAUGAUGAAGGCAAGCCAAAACAGAAGGACAGCGAUGACGACACCUCGGGCAAGAAAGCCAAGAUCAAGAAAAAGGCUCUCGCGGACAGCAAGAAGAAAAAGCGAGAUGUUGAUGAGGAGGCCUUCGAAGAAUCGGACGAUGGCGACGAGGAGGGUCGAGAACUGGACUACAUUUCGGACUCAAGCGACAGUGAGUCGGAUCACGAUGCUAAGGUUGUAAAGGAGAUGAAAUCCGUAGCGGAAGAAGAUGCUUUGCGAAAACUUUUAACCUCCGAUGAAGAUUCUGAGGAAGAGGAAAAGAAAUCAGAAGAGGAAGAGGAGAAGGAAGAUGACAAAAAUGGUAAAGCAAAGGAGAAGGAUAAGGACGGAAAGGAAAAAGAAAGUAAGGAGGCUAAGAAAAAGAAGAAAGCUAAAAAGAACAAAAACAAAAAAUCGGAAUCGGACAAAAAGGAUUCGUCGAGUGAUUUCAGUUCGGAUAGUUCCGACUCCGAUACGGCUAGUGCCAAGAAGAAACUUAAGGACAAAAAAAUCAAGGAAGGAGUUGGUUCAAAUUUGUCUAGCGCAAAUAAUUCGCGUUCUGCUUCGCCAAGUGUUAGUCAGUUUGAUUCGAAUAAGCGUAAAAUUCCCGCAUCGAAUAUGCCAGCGACUGAUUUAACGGGCUCGGACAACAGCAACAGCCCUGUCUCGACGCCAGCGAAAAAGGUUAAAACGGAAUCAACACCCUCACUACCACCGACUUUUGCUGGAAUCGUUAAUGCAACAAGCAAAGAUGAUUACGGUAUAACUGAGGAAGCAGUACGACGGUACCUCAUGCGCAAACCUAUGACCACAACAGAACUGCUGACCAAAUUUAAAAACAAGAAAACCGGUGUGUCGAGUGAGAAGCUAGUGGAAACGAUGACACAGAUAUUGAAGCGAAUUAACCCCGUGAAGCAAACAAUACAGGGCAAAAUGUAUCUGAGCAUAAAGGUACCGAAGUAAGAGCGUGUUGGCACUGCCGGCCGCCGCAUAUCAAUUUUCUCAAACAAAAUAAAACUUAAAAGAAAAAUAGGUGAAUUAAAAAUACAUUUCCUUAUAAAUAAUACAUUUCGGGAGGUUUAUAU